CAACAAUGCAUAUCGUCAUUGUUUACCUGAAUGCACGUGGCAUGAUUUUCAAGACAUGCACAGGCCUAAUUCUGUCAAAGAUCAAUUAAAUUGGAAAUAUUUUUAUCACUUGUAAACAGCUCGUACUUACAUCGAAAGUUCUUGACAACAGAACUCAGUUUGUUGAUCUCAACUCGUGGUUACACACGCCCCAUCAAAGGACGUCCUCGCGUCUUAUUUCUUGUGGAAAUUUUUGUGGGAACAUUUUUGGCUAAUGUGUAACUUUAGGUAUCAUGUUAUUAUCACUUUCAAUCUAUUUGGGGAAAUUAUCUUAUGAAAUCUGUCCGGAAGAAAUCGGCAAAUGUAUUCAGAAACCGAAGAAGUUUUUGGCACUUGCAUCUGAUGUCCUCUGCUUUGACGUUCUUGUAAUGGUUUUACUUGUAAAAGCUAAUAAUCAUGAAUUGGUUUGGGGCUACUGAACUUGUCACUGCAGCAAAAUCAGCUGUGAAAGGUGCUCAAAAAGCCAUAGAUAAGGCCCUUGAUAUUAAAGAAGAGGUGGACAGUGUUGAUAAAAUUGAAGUACCUGUUUCAGCUCUAGGCAAAGAUGACUCUGACAGUUUUUUCUCUAAUUGGGGUGUUAAGGCUGAUAGUUCCCCAGAUAAGAAUCCAGCAUUUUCUGUACCUCAAGAGACAGUUUCCUCUAGUCUUUGGGGGUCCUUCACUGGCUCUUUCUUCGAAAAUCCAAGACCAUUGCCGUCCCCUGGAGAUGAGGGUUCUAGUAGCCCCAUUUCACAACAACCCAAGAGAAGUGCAGUUUCCAGGCUAUUAGCAGCUCAUAUAGAUACAGAUGUUGACACUGAGCUAGCCUUAGAAGAUGAUGGAACAGUCCGGGAUGUAUUUUCUAAAACACAACUUGUUGUAGAAUCAUCUACCCCUAAUGAUGAUAAGUGUGGUAAUACUACCUCCAUUCCACUCUCUGAUGAAGUUGAACGAAGGAGAAAAGACAAGCACUGUGAGCGAUCUCAGAAUAGAAACAGUUUUAGCAACAAUCGACUUUCAGUCAUUUCUUCUGAAAGUGAUCGCAGAUCUUCCGAUAGUGUCGAAAUCCUUGGGUCGACAAGCUGUACUGCAAGCCCGGACUCGGAUUUGCCAACUUCAUUAUCUGCUUCCUCUUUAGCUUCAUCUGUUGGGUUUAGGCCAGUGUCUAUUGGCUCUCCAGAUUCUGUUGAAGUCAUAGCUGAAAGUUCAGAAAGUUAUAGUGCGUCAGUGGAAGUCUUAGGGAGCCAUAGUAGUAGUACAUCCUUAUGUUCUCCACUAGAGCCUCCAUUAGACAGGCCAUGUCCUAGUUCAGACAACCUCGCAUCCCCAGAUAGUGUUGAAAUUGUCCCAGAAGAAGAUGAUGAUGUAAGCUUUGCUGAUGAUAGCUAUGCCUCUGCAUCAGCAUCAGAAAGCACCAUGACCCAAGCAACUAUACUUGAACCUCAUGGGUUGCUCUGUUCUACCAUGGAAAGCUCCACAAGUUAUGUGGAACCCAUUGACUCAGCCGGGCAUUCAGACUUUAAUACUAGUUCUAUUUCUGGACAAACUGAUUCAUCUGUAUCAUCUUUACUUGACUCCUCCACGGAUACUAUUCGGUCUGAAUACCCCCAAACUUCAAAGUCAUCCUGGGCAAGCACAAGUCAGCAAUCAUCAGAGAGACUAAGUCCUGCAUUUAAAUCUCAUGAAAGCAGCUUAGAAAACAUUUCAAUGAAACUGCCUGCAAGUCCAAAGAAGACCUCAACCAAACCAAAAGAUUCCCCCCCCAGAGCAGUUGAGAAAGAACCAAAACAAUCUUCACUCGAUGUAGGCUCUGACUUACACGUUGACGGAGGAGGUUCUGGACUAACUCUGACAGACAGCAGUGGUGAAGGGACAUUAGUUGGAAGCAGCUCAGAUGAUACUAUCCCAGGAAGUGACAGUCAGUCUCAGCAAAGCACCUCGGGAUAUGUGAGGAAUCUUCUUGCUGAUGCCAUGGUAGAUGAUUCUGCCCAAAUAAGAGUCAAUUCUCCUGUAUCUGUUGAAAGUCGCUCUGAUGGUUUGAGGUUGGGGUCAGAACAAACAAGUGGUCAUACCUCUGGUGACGAGCUUGAAACAACAACUUCAUCUGAUAUAGAAAUUAUAUCUAGCCCUAAUGGAGAUGGGAGCAGCACUGCUUCUAGACAGAGUCCAGCAAAACAUCUACAAAGAGUUUCCCAGGGUCCUGUGGAUAUGCUUAAAUUUUCUGGGAAGAUUAAAGCUCACUUUCGCGACUUGGAGUUUGGUGUAAUUCUACUAUGGCUUUUCAUCUUCCUCCUGAGGCUGAGCUACUGUGAUGCAUGUUCUUCACGAACACCUCCACGAAGGCCACCCUCAACACCACGUCCCAACAUAACAGAGCAUGACGCACUUUAUAGUUGUCCUUCUCAAUUAGCAGAGGUCUUCUGUCUUAAUGGAGCAGAGUGUGUUGAGAUACGAUUCUCUCAUGAUAGAAAAGUAUAUAGUUGUUCUUGUGCUGAUGGUUUCUGGGGCACCAGAUGUCAUCAAAGGGAACCAUCUGAGGCAUCCAGCGGUGGAUCUGAUGACAGCCACAGUUCUGAAAUGGACCGACUGCUAAAGAGGCUGAGUGAAAUGACUGAGUUGCUUGAGGCAAGAGAGACAAAGCUUUUAGUCUUAAGUCGGUCUCAUGCGGAAUUACAAGAGAGUUACCAGGAAAUGCGAAGUCAGCUAGAAAAUGCCCAGCAGUCCAGACUAGUAGAAUCCCGAAGUCUGAAUGAAGAGUUUACGCGCCGCUUAUCUGCGCUUGAGAGGAAGUUCCAACAGGCAAUCAGGGAUAAGGAUAUUCUACAGAGACAGCUUGAGCAAUCUAAAUCAGAAUUGGCUCAUGAACUGACUGAGCAUGUAGGAGAACGAGAUGAAACUAUUAAGGAGUUACGGGAGGAAGGAGAAAAGUUAUCACGCCAACAGUUGCAACAGAGCAACCUUAUCAAGAAACUAAGAGCAAAAGAAAAAGAAAACGAUUCCACUAUUAAAUCUCUCAGGGAGCAAGUAGACAAUUUGACUGGUGAAAUAGAACGCCUAAAACGAUCAUUAGCAGCAAAAGAAGAUGUAGAACGUUCACAGAUUGAAGCUGUCCAUCAACUGACAGCCCGAGUGAAAAAGCAAGAUGCAGAGAUUCUGGCUAUGAAAGAAGUCCGAGACCAUUUUCAAAAACUUGCCGAAAGCACUCAGGGAACUUUAGACAGCACUCAAAAGGAACUUGAUGAUGCUAGAGCUCGUGAAGAAGGAGCUGAUCAAAGAGUCAAAGAAGCAAGAGAAAAUGUUGAAGAGUCAGCAAGAGCUGAACUUGAGGCUGCUCUGUCUGCAGCACAGCAACACAAGCGUCAAAUUAUGGCUCAGAUGGAUACUAUGAGAGAGCAGCUUGCCCAAGUUGAGUCCCAACAGAGCAGGAGAGAAGGCGAACUUCUCCAAAGACUUGAGAGUGCAGAGCGUCGUAGUGAGGAGUUGUCCCAACAGUUGUCUGAAGCCACCCGGCCAUUGCUAAGGCAGUUGCAAACAUUCCAGGCCAGCAGCAAAACACAGCAAGAUGCAUGGGAAAGACAAGAACGCAGUCUCUCUGAUGCUCUGGCUGAAGCUCAAUCUCAACUUGAACAAGUGACUGAAGCUGAGCGAGGAGCACGUGAAGAGUUACUUACUCUACGCAGUAAAGUUUCUAAAUUAGAGAACAAGCUCUCAGCUUCUCUCCAAACCUCUCAAGCCAUGCAAGACCGCUCAUCUCAACUUCAGUCAGAAUUAGAUAGAGCAACUAAGUUGUCUGAAGAAAGCAGAAAUGUGCUUGAAAGCCAAGUAAAUGACUUAAAAAGACAGCUAUCCUCAGUGGACCAUCAAUUAAGUGUUGAGAGAGCUGCUGUUGAAGCUGAGAAGAGGAGGUGUAUACAAUUGCAGGAACAACUUACUGAUCGUGAGAGGACUCUAGAUCAGGAUAAAGAAAGAGAUACAGACUUAGGGAAAAGGGAAUCACCCUUGGUUGUUGCUUCGGGCCAUUCCUCUCCAACCAUUAGUUUUGGCCGUGAAUCCAUAUCAGAAUCUGUUUCCAGUGUAGCUUGGCCAGUCUUUUCAGAUGAAGGUUUCGAAACUACUUCUAUGUCAGGAAGAAAUGUCUAUGAAAGCGUACGUUUAAAUCACACUACCUCAGUCUUAGAAGGACUACAGUCUCAAUUGAAACUUCGUGAAGGUGAAGUGCAACAACUGCAAUGGGAACUCUCUAGACGAGAAGCCCAAAGAUGUGCAUUGACAGCUGAACUAUCAACACUCUCUGUACGUGCAGAGGAGCAAGAAACUCGAUUGAAUUCAAGCAUCCAUUUACAAGAGGAACUCUCCUCUCAGUUAUCAUCAUUGAGAACUGAAUAUGAUGCCCUUCUUCAGCUGUAUGGAGAGAAAUUAGAAGAGACUCAAGAGCUUCGCUUGGAUCUUCAAGAUGUCAAGGAUAUGUACAAAGCACAGAUUGAUCAACUCUUAAAAAAAGAAGAACUUGGUCAAAUAUCACGGAAGAAAGAAACUACUUGUGUGGAACCUAAAGAUAUGUAAUUGUUUUUUCUUCCCUAGACUGGUUGAUAAAGCAAAAGACUGGCCUUCUGUGAUUUUAAUGAUUACUAAGUAAGUAGUGCACUCUUAAAGCUUGGAGUGCUCUCGUUGGGAGGGAUAAAUAUUAUCUCAUAUCACCGUUAAAUUGUGGGUAAGAAUAUGCUUUACUAAACUAAAGCUAUAAACUUGCUAUGAAAUAGCUCUAGUCUGAAAAGUAAGCAAAAAGCAUGUGAUGAGAUGUAUGUUCUGUGAGAGGUGGAAAGAAAUAUUUGUUUUGGUUGGAUUUAAUGUUUCAUGUACAAUAUUGAUUUUUAGUUGUGCUACUGAAGUGUUCUUAUUGAAUGACGUAUAUUUUCCCCUUUUAAUGCGUUUUUCAAUUUGUUUGCUCAAAGUGGCAUUUAUAUUAUACUUUCUUAUCACCAAGUUAAUUAAUUUCUUCUGAGAGAGAAGAUUUCAUGUGUAAGUGUGAUACCGGUAUGUAAAAACAGAAGUUUCAAAUCUACAAAGAAUCAGCACCUAGAUAAUGCUGUUAAAAAUAUGAAAGGGUCUAUACUUUUUGUGGAAUAAGUAUUAUGUGAUUAUAUCCUGUGAUUGGAGGAGGGAAGGUUCACUGUUCUUGUCUUGGAAAGCAGGUCAUUCAAAAUUUUCAAGCAGAGUUGUGUUCUCUAGCUGUUAAUUAAGCAACUGACGCAUCCCAAUGGUGGUGAUCUUCUCCCACAACCAAGACUGACUAUAAACAAAAGUUUUGGUAAACACUUUCCAAAGUGCAUCUUAAAGCUUCUGGUUUUCACAUUGUGAUAUUUGAGAAACUUCUAUAAAUCCAAUUGUUUUAUCUUAAGGUGCUUAAAAUUCUGUUUCAUGUAGGAAGGUAACAAGCAGUAUUUCUUUUAAACUUCUUUUUUUGUGAGGAAAAGCUUUUAGUGGCUUUUAGUAUGUUGGGUUUCUAGAUUUUUCUUCCCCUUGUUUAUUCUAUCUCUUUUUAAUUACAAAGUUAAGGAUGGAUGUUGCAAUGCAAGGGCUACAAGGGCUGUUAGUUACUUUUUCCUUGAUCAAGUAGGUAUCUUGAUCUUUGGAAGACCAUGUAUCAUCAAAGUCAACUGAGAAGACUCGAUGGAGUCUUGGUGGAUGGUCUGAUAUUGUUCAAGCUGCACACACCUAUCAUUAACCAGACAGGUACUGGGAAGACAAAAGUCUGAGGAAAGUUUGCAGAGGUUUUCUUAGAAUUAACCCUCAUAAAUUUAAAAGCAAUAGAUUAAAUAAACAUGAUAUCUUCAUUAGUAAUAUCACUGUUUGUCCAUCAUCUUUAUCCUGUGAUUGAUAGGAGCAUGACAGGAGCAUCCAACAUUAUUUGAUGACUGUCAGUAAAAUUUGAGGCUUGUUAUUUAGGUAUUGUGGAACAUGUGACCUUAACAUGUAUCACUGUACAUUUUGAUACGUAUUAUCGAAGUUACAUUUAAAGCUGAUUUUGUGGCUUUUGGGAAUUGCUGCUAGUUAAAAAAUUUAGGUAUUGUUGAACAAUUGAGCUUAACAUGUAUCACUGUACAUUCUGAUAUUAUCAAAGUUACAUUUAAAGCUGAUUUUCAGCUUACCUCUUUAGAGAAAAAUGGCUUGGCAUGUUUUUGCUGUCAGUAUGUGCCUUCUGCAAGAUGUUCCAUGGUUGCAUUAAAAUGCUUUAUCCAAGUUUACAAAUCUUUUGAUGAGGGCCAAAUGUUAGUUUAGUUCUUUUUUCUCAACUUCUAUUCAUAGAGGCUAGAUCAGCUGUUCCUCUUAGAAGCAUUUUUUUGGCACUUCCCUUCUUGUUUAAUAAUGAGGACCAUUUAGUCAAGUGUAUAUUGAUAGAAGUCAAAAACAUAUUGUUUAAAAUAAGGGUUUUCCUUUCCUUUUUCAUAAAAUGCUUGUUAAUGGUGACUCAAUUAUUAUUUGCUGUGAUUUUUUUUCUGUUAUUAACUUUAUUGUUCUGUUUUGAAGUUCAUAUCUAUUUGAAUUUGUCUGAAUAAAUAGUUACCUAAUUUAUCA